CGGAAGUAGAUAUGGAAGGGUGAGAGUGCAAUUUAAGAAACGGAACGAGGGUUUAAAAUCGCAGGCGAGAGCCGGGCAAUUACUUAACUACUAUUAUUAGUGCUGCCAUUAGGGAGAGUGAUAUAAUACGCUGCCUUGUUCCUCACGUGUGAGACUUCGGCUCGCCAUGGUGGACUCCCAGUACUACCUCCCCAACGACGUCGGCAUCUCGGCGCUGGAAUGCGGCGAGGCCUUCCGCCUGCUCUCUCCCAAAGAGCAGCUUUAUGCUCACUACCUGUCACGAGCAUCCUGGUACGGGGGACUCGUCGUGCUGCUGCAGACGUCCCCCGAGUCGGCCUCCAUCUACGUCCUCCUGCAGCGCAUGUUCCGGCUCCAGAGCCCAGCUCAGCUGGAGAGCGUGGCCACGGCCGCCGGGCUAACCGCCGAUGAGUAUCAGGCCUUCCUGGUCUACGCUGCUGGACUGUAUGCCAAUAUGGGGAACUACAAGUCUUUUGGAGACACAAAGUUCAUCCCCAACCUCCCGCAGGAGAAGCUGAAGGCCUUGGUGUGGCAGUGCCAGGCGUUCCAGGACAGCCCCACAGAGAUGGAGGCGCUGUGGAGCACAUGUGCUCCCCUGCUUUAUUCUCUGGACGACAAACACAAGCAACUGGGCCUUGGAGACAAGGGGAUCACCACAUACUUCUCAGGGAACUGCUCUUUAAACGACGCUGAGUUGGCCCAGAGGUUUCUGGAUUCCAAGAGUCUGAGUGCCUACAACACGCGACUCUUCAAGACGGGUGGCGUCGAGGGGAAGGAGAGCUAUGAAGUGCGAUUGGCUUCUGCUGUGCAGAAGGACCGUACCGUGGACGGCGAGACAGAGACGCACUGUGGCCAGUACGAGUUCGAGAACGCCAUGUUCACCGUGCGCAGGGGUGACUACGCUCCCCUCAUGAAGAAAGUGAGCGAGAACCUGGAGAAGGCCCAGGCGUACGCGGCCAAUGAGAAUCAGCGGCGGAUGCUGGAGGAGUAUGUCCGCAGCUUCACCUUCGGCUCCGUGGAUUCUCACAAAGAGGGGUCCCGCUACUGGAUCAAGGACAAGGGGCCCAUCGUGGAGAGUUACAUCGGCUUCAUUGAGAGCUACAGGGACCCAUUUGGAUCAAGGGGCGAGUUUGAAGGCUUUGUGGCGGUGGUUAACAAGGCCAUGAGCGCCCGCUUCGCCAAGCUGGUGAGCUCCGCCGAGGUGCUUCUGCCGGAGCUCCCAUGGCCAGCGGCCUUCGAGAAGGACACCUUCCUAAAGCCUGACUUCACCUCCCUCGACGUGCUGACGUUCGCAGGCAGCGGCAUCCCAGCUGGCAUCAACAUCCCCAACUAUGAUGAUAUCCGGCAGACUGAAGGCUUCAAGAACGUGUCCCUGGGGAACGUGCUGGCAGUGGCCUAUGCCACGCAGAAGGACAAACUGACCUUCCUCAACGAGAGUGACAAGGACGUCUACAUCAAGUGGAAAGGCCCCUCUUUCGAGGUCCAGGUGGGACUCCAUGAACUGUUGGGGCAUGGCAGCGGCAAGCUCUUUGUCCAGGACGAGAAGGGGAACUUCAACUUUGACCAGGAGAGCGUCCGCAACCCAGAGACGGGGGAGCUGAUAUCCAGCUGGUACAAGGGAGGUGAGACGUGGGACAGCAGAUUCUCCACCAUCGCAUCGUCCUAUGAGGAGUGCAGGGCCGAGUGCGUCGGCCUCUACCUCUGCCUCAACAAGGAGGUGCUCGGCAUCUUUGGACAUGAGGGCGAGCUGGCGGAGGAGGUGAUAUACGUCAACUGGCUGAACAUGGUGCGGUCCGGCCUGCUGGGGCUGGAAUUCUACACCCCCGAGAGUAAAAGCUGGAGACAGGCCCACAUGCAGGCGCGAUUUGUCAUCCUGCGUGUGCUGCUGGAGGCUGCCGAUGGCUUCGUCACUCUGGAGGAGUGCACGGGCUCUGACGGGCGGCCCGACGCCCUCAUAGCCCUGGACCGAGCCAAGAUUCACACUGUGGGCAAGACUGCCAUCCAGAGGUUCCUCUGCAAACUGCAGGUCCAUAAGUCGACGGCCGACGUGGAGGGGGGCCGCGCUCUCUAUGAGGGCUACUCAGCGGUGACCUCCACUGGCUUGCAUGACUUCCUGCGUCUGCGUGAGACCGUCCUGCUGAGGAAGGAAGCUCGCAAGAUGUUCGUCCAGGCCAACACCUGCGUCAAUGGUGGGUCUGUGGAGCUCGUGGAGUACGAGAGCAGCGCUGCCGGGCUCAUCCGCUCCUUCACGGAGCGCUUCCCCGAGGACGCCAAGGAGGUGGAGGCCGAGCUGCUGGAGCUGAGCAAGCGCGACGCCCCCUGCUGGUGCUGAGCAGGCACGACGCCCCCUGUUGGAGCUGAGGACAGCUCCCGCCACCACAUCCACUGGCUCUGCAGCACUGAAGCCUGUUUUCACACACAAUGUAACGGUUUUUCCUCGAGAUGUAUCUAAAGUGCAGGUCUGACACUU